AUGAAGUCCAUUGAUGGCCCAAACUACCUUGUGAAUUAUCAUCUCUCUCAAUCCCCAAUUACACGCUUAAAAGCCCUCAAAUCCCUCGCAGAAUCAGGCCAUACAGACCCAAAACCACCGCUUAAAAGCCCUCAAAUCCCGCACAGAAUCAGGUAUACUCUCACCAACCAAGCUAACACGUUGCAAAUAGAGUUACAGGGGUCUAGCUGGGUUGCAACUGCUUCAAUUUCCUGA